CCUCUUUGGGGCCCUUCUCCCGUCACCCCUUCGAAAGCGGUCCUAAUCUUCUUCCCCCCUUCGCCUAGGGUUUCUUUCUAUCUCAUGGGGAGGUACAGGAGCCGAAGCCGGAGCUAUAGCCCACGGCGGGCGAGCCGGAGCCCUCCCCGCCGCAAGCGCUACGACGACCCCCGCGACCGGUACCGCGGCGGCCGGGGCUACAGGGACCGCCGCCCCUCCGCGCCCUCCGGCCUCCUCAUCCGCAACAUCGCCCUUGACGCAAGGCCUGAGGAUCUACGCAUUCCAUUUGAACGGUUUGGUCCUGUGAAGGAUGUAUACCUUCCAAAGAAUUAUUACACUGGGGAGCCACGGGGCUUUGGGUUUGUGAAGUUUCGUUAUGCUGAAGACGCAGCAGCAGCCAAACAGCAGAUGAAUCAUCAGAUUAUAGGCGGACGCGAGAUUUCAAUCGUUUUUGCUGAAGAAAAUAGAAAAACUCCACAAGAAAUGCGUACGAAUGCAAGGAUAAGUGAAAGAUACAUGGGAAGCAGCAACAGAAGGCGAUCUCCACUGAGAUCUCCCAGGCGUCGAUACCAUUCAUAUUCACGCUCCCCCUCUCCUGCCAGGCAUGACUCAAGGGAGCGGGACAGGAGUGCACGUGAUGACUAUAACUCUCCUCCAAGAUCAAUCUCCCCAUCUCCUAGGGAUGAUAGGGACUACAAGACACAUCAUCGUUCUCUGAGUCCUGAUGAUAAUAGCCGAAGCCCAUCUAGGUCUCGUUCCUACAGCCCUCGGUGAUGGAGUGCUGAGUUCUGGCACAUGCUGUAUCACCAAUAAAAUAGAUGUUCUAGUUGAUAGGUUAUGAUAUAGAUAGCAGGGCAGUCCUUGAACCACUGUCAUGUAUUGAGGAUGGGCAAAUGUGAUUUUCUGUUUAUCGAAAUCAUCAACAUCCCGAGUGUUUGGAAUUUUGGGAUCAGAAAUAGAUGUUUGUAAUGCUUUUUCAUUAUGUUGCUUGCCAGGUUAAUUUUGUGUUGACAUAAAACAAUCGGUUUCGUAUCUUUUCCAUGGUUCAUGGUACAUGAAUUUUUGGUUCAUUCUG